GCUGUUGCAAUACAAAGAUGAGCUACUCGACGUAUUGUUCCGCAGAUGUGGGAAGCCCGACUGCGGCGCGAGGGCGGCGGCGUGGAGCCAAGACGGACGGAAAAUGACAAUUAGGUUGUCUUCAGGGCUUUUCUAAAAAAUAUUGUUCAUCAGAGGAACAUCUAACGACCAGUGCCAAACACAAGCCGCCUUACCACCUUUCAACUCCGUCGUUGAGGGGUAGCCAUGGCGACCAGCGCUGUGCCAAGCGACAACCUGCCAACGUACAAGCUGGUGGUGGUGGGAGACGGCGGCGUCGGCAAGAGCGCGCUCACCAUCCAGUUUUUCCAGAAGAUUUUUGUGCCAGACUAUGAUCCCACCAUAGAGGACUCCUACCUUAAACACACUGAGAUCGACGGACAGUGGGCCAUACUGGAUGUGCUGGACACAGCCGGUCAAGAGGAGUUCAGUGCCAUGAGGGAGCAGUACAUGAGGACAGGAGACGGCUUCCUCAUCGUCUUCUCGGUGACGGACAAGGCCAGCUUUGAACACGUUGACCGCUUUCAUCAGCUAAUACUGCGGGUCAAAGACAGGGAGGCUUUUCCGAUGGUGCUGGUGGCAAACAAGGUGGACCUGGUUCAUUUGAGAAAGAUCACCACUGAGCAGGGCCAAGAGAUGGCGGCAAAACAUAAUAUAACAUACAUUGAAACCAGUGCCAAGGAUCCUCCAAUGAAUGUGGACAAGGCCUUUCACGAGCUCGUCCGUGUCAUAAGACAACAAGUCCCUGAACGAAACCAGAAGAAGAAGAAGAAGAUGAAAUGGAGGGCAGAACGAUCGACUGGUUCUCACAGGUUCCGCUGUGUCAUAUUGUGACCUCUUUCCUCCACAAUCAAUUCCCACAUAACCCACACAAAUACCUUUUUUGGUUGUCAGGGAACUAACUCCCCAGUAGUCCAUGACUACUGGCGCACAAAAAAAAAAAAAAUAAGGGAGACAAUUGGGAGGAGGUCUUUUGCCUCCAUUUUCCCAUGAAGGAUUUUAAUGUCCCCCUGUUAAUACGAAACCAGAAGUACUGACGUGUUUAUUUGGUGUCAUCUUUACUGUGUUAUCCAAUGUGAAAGAAGGAAAGAAAACAAAGAUGGCCCAAAAUCACAUGGCCAAAAAAAAAGUGAAGAUGUGUUUGUUUUUACCGGUCAUCACCCACCAUCCUGGAAGAGAAGAGCACCUGUUGGGGGUUGGUGGUUUUUGAUUCUGUGGACGUCAGCGUGGAAAGAAAAUUAUGAAACAUGAACAAAUGGUUGUUUUGGGACGUCGUCGAAGGGUGACGGAAGGAUGUGCCGCAACGAGCGGAGAAAAGCGUAGUGUUUUACCCGUGAACUUUGUAUCGUGUACAAUAACAUUGAAAUAUUGUCAUUGGAAACGGAAGGUUGCUCCAAUCCACUUGUUGAUGCCAAAAACGAUUUAGGCCAACAACUCAAAAAGAAAAUCUUUUCUCAAAAGGGAAAGCGAUGGGAUAUCAGUACAAAACACGUAGACAAGAGGAAAAAAAAGGUCAAUUAUGGGGGGAAGUCAUUAAGUUAUGAGAAUCAAGUAUUAGUGAGAAGAAAAAAAAAAGAACCCAACAAACUGUAUACAACGGCCAAAAGCAUUUACAAUGAUGCUUGUAGUUCCUUAAUUCACUCUUAAAAACACUUCUUUUCUUUGUAUGGGUUUUGGAAAAUAACUUUUCAUUACAUGAUGAUAUUUUUCUCUUUAUUUUAACAUUUCUCGUUCCUGUAUUUAUUACUUUAUUAAACUACUUUUUUUCCCCUCAUAUUACAACCCAUCCUCAUAAAAUUGACUUUUUACCAUGUGAUUUUUUUAAAUUGAGCUUGUUUUUCAAACUGCUUCUCUUUCUCUUUUGUAAAAUUGAUGUUUUUUUUGUAAAAUCUUGUAACACUUUACUCUCCUAAAAUGUUUACUUUACAGUUUGUAAUAUCACAACUUAAAUGACAUUUUCAAUAUGAUUUUUUACAAAAAAUAACACAUUUUUUCCCAUGAUAUUCAAACUUUAUUGUCAGUUUUUUUUUACUUUUUACCCCAAAUAUUACAACUGUAUUCUUAAAAUUACGAUUUGCAAUAUUCAAGGAAUAUUACCGUAAGCAUUUUUUAACCCGUUAAAUCACAUUAUAGUUUUGUAAAUUUGCGACUGUUCUUAGUAUUACUUUAGUGUCAGACAAUGUGUAUUUUCGUCUGUAAAAUGUCCGUAUGUAAAAAAAAAAAAAACUAAACACAAGUGUUUUUUUUGUGUAAUUUGACUUUAUGUGCAUCUUUUUGUAAAAUUAUUUCCCAUUUUUAAAAAUAUCUAAUUUUUUCAUAAGAUUUUUUUGUCAUCGUCAUCACUAACCUAAAAUUAUGACUAAGUAUUAAAAUCAUUUUGCUUUUCCCUCAUAAUACUCAAAUUGUAUUUUUUGUAACAUUACCAACGUAUUCUUAAAACGAUUGUGACUUUAUAUCUAGCGUCUGUAAUUUUUUUUUUUCCCCCUCUCUCACUGUGGUCCCAGUAAUACUUCUUGGUAGAUCAUUUCUAUUGUAAAUAGAAAAUUCACCAUCUAAUUUUUGGGUGUUUCUUCAUAAUGAAUGUGAAUACAAGUUAUGAUCUUAACAUUGGUGGUGGACGCUUGAAAUGCCAAACUAAUAUGAUCUGACUUUUCUGUUGUCAUGUGGGAGCUUUGCAAACCAAUGAAUUCAGGUUCAUCUUGUAAGACCAAUCACGCUCAGCGAAGGGACAGCACAUGUUGAAAUUUGAGCCCUGCGACUAGUACGAUGAGAUUUUUAAAAGGCUAUACCUCCAUGAGGCAAUAUGACGUCAAAAUACGACAAUGAUUUUACUUUAGCAGUGAAACAUUCAAGGACAGGUUGAAGGGGAAUGUACAAUUGAAUAACCUAUGAAAUGGCUUGUACUGUUAACGCAUUAUAACAAACCAUUUUGGCAAAUGAUUGUCUGAAUGAAUUUUGUCUAUCAAAGGAAUACAUUUUUGCACUUUCAAUGUGACAUCGGACUUUCCUAUAGGCAUACAAGAAAUUAAAUGGUCCAAACGGUUUGGAAGAUGUAUUUUAGAGGAAGAAAAAAAAAGCAUUAGUAUUGUAGCUCCGUCCGUGUCUGGGGUAUGCCUGUGGUAUUCGUAAAGGCUGGGAAUGAGACCAAAUGUGUACUUGAGGUAUUCAAAGGGAAACAAAAACAAAGUGAAUGACCCGCAGUCACCUCGGGAUAAAACGGUCUUGAUCAACAUUGGAUAUUAAAGGGAUGUGAUAAAGACUGAAAAAGGAAGCCAGUCACUCUUAAAAUUGAAUGUGUGUCGUGACAAUGUUGCAUUAUGAAAGUUUGAUACCAUUUUGUAUUAUUGAUAUGAAAAUAUGUGUGCGUGCUUUUUUUUUAAACAAUAAUUUAUUGAUGUUUGAUACCUCAGUGUGUCCUAAGAUUGGACAACAAAAGAAAAAAAAUACAUCCCCUAACCUUUUUUUCUUUCUUUUUCUAGAACUUAAAAAUAGGUUCUAGGCUUUUUUUUAGCUCAAUAGCCACGUGAAAAGGUUUAUCUUGUCAAUAUUAUAUUUAUUUGCUGCGAGAGGAUCAAAUCCAAGAGUAAAUGCGAUUUGGAUGAAGAUCACAUCAAUACAGUAUUUGUCUGUCUGAGCUAGCAGAUGGUUAGCUUAGCUUGGCAGCAAAGCUAGCAACUGUUAACUUUCCAAAAUUCAAAUUAUCAGCCACCAAAAAGCAUGUAUGGCCUGCUCACUAAAAUGUGACCAAGUAUCCUUUGCUAUGCCAAGUUAUGUUCGGCUUUCGAGCCUAAUGCUAUGCUAAACAACUGCUUCUUGCUCAUAUAUUAAGGAACUAUUUUUUCCGCGGUUAUGCUAAGCUAACUACUUCUGGUCCUUGUAUGCAUAUUUAGCCCUUGUGCUAUUUGUUUUUCUGUUUUUCGAAGACAAAAUGUUACUCUAAACAACUGUUUCUUGCUUAUAAUGUUAAGGAACUACUUUAAGCUCUUAUGCUAUACUAUCUGCUUAAACAUUUCUAAUAUCAGCAAGUAUUUUUUGUUUGUUUCAGGGGUGGGGGGCGCUAAUAAUUUACCAAGCUAUUGUUUCUGGCCCCUAUGCGAAGUGAAGACAUUAUACUAUUCUAAUAUUUUUUUAAUAACUCUUAUGCCACUCUUCAACUAAAUAACCUUUUCUUGUUCUUAUAGUAUGUUAAGGAUGUAUUUUCUGCCUUUAUUUAAGCUAAGCAACUGUUUUUUGUUUGUUAGUUUAUAAUGCUACCCGAGCAUUUCUUACCCCUCUUGUUAAAUACUUCACUGCCAUUAAUGAGUAUACUCAUCAAUUAGGUUUUUCCAACUGGUGGGAGAGGGUCUGAUGCUGCUCCACUGCAAAUAUCAAAGCCUGGAGCAACUUUACUGACACACAACUGCCAGUAAAUGGCAGGGAUGUAACAUUUUAGAUUUGACAUCAGCCCAGUUUGUGAGUACGCAUCAGAUAUUAUGAGUGAAAAAAUGGCUCGCACAGGUCAUAAGUUAGAGUAGGUCAAAUUUCGGCAGACACUAGAACAGGUAUUGUACAUUUGCAGUAUUCACAUUAGCAGAGGUUUGUGUGUCAUGAAUAUGACAAAAGUACAACAAAGAUCUUGAAUGUAUGAACAGGAUUACAGUUGCCAUGUAAGGAGCCGAUAAAUACAAGCCCAUCACUGACGUGCCAUCUGGUGAAUUAGCAUCACUCACCAAGCAUAUAUACUGAAUUGGUAAAUACAUGAUUAUUUUGCUGUCAAAGGCCAUUCCUAAAUGUUUAUAUUGCUGGUUUAUAGAAUGAAACAAUGCUGUGAGUCUUGAAAUAUCAGCCAAAUUAUUCCAAAAUGGCCGGCAGUGAAUGAGUUUUGAAGUAUUUUUUGUUUUUGUUUUGUUUUAUGAUGCUAUCCUGAGAUACUGUUUUUUUUUUACCUUAAUCUCUUUUUCGUUUGCCCUAGCAUUGUGCAAUUUUUUUUCUGCUCCUAAUGUUGAGUGAAGCAACUGUUUCAAACCAUUGUGCUAUGCUCAGCAGCGGUUUCCUUUCCUCUUUUUAUUUAUUUACCUACUUACUGACUUUUAUGCUACCCUUAUGUUAUGAUUACUGUUUCUAGCCGUUUUGCGAAGCCAAGCAGCUCACCCUACUCUAAUGCUAUGCUAGUAACAUGUUUCUGGAGCUUAUGUUGACCUUAGGUACAGUUUUCCCCCCUUGUGCUAUGAUAAAAACACCUGUUUUUCGAAGCAACUGUUAUUUUUAUUUUUAGCUCUAAUUUUACAUUGAUGUUGCGCUGAACAACUGUUCCUUGGCUAAUGCUAUGCCAAGCAGCUGUUUCUAACUCGAUGCAAUCAAACUGUUUCUGGACCGUUUGCUGAGCUAAAGUAGGCUACAAUUUGGAACACUUAUGCUACAAAAACAAAACGUUGUUGCCCAAAUGCUGAUCGAGGCAAUCAUUUCUAGCGUUGGUGCUAAGUGAAGCAAUUGUUUGGAGCCAUUUUGCUGUGCUAAGCAACUGUUUUGGUCAAGUAACUAACCAUUUCUUGAGCUAAUGCAAUGCUACAGUGCAAUUUCUCAGCAGAAUGCGAUGCCAACCUAACUCCCCUUAACUCACCAACCCCCUUAUGCUAAGCUAAACUACUAUUUUAGCAAUUUUAUAAAACCAAACUAUUAUGGAGCUUCAGAAAAGUAUACGGAGUGCUUGCUUUUUCCCCACAUUUUGUGUCACGUCAUAAAUUGGUUCCUCCUACACCCUAUAAUGACAACAUGGAGCGUUUUUGACCAGUUAUUUUUU